CAGAAUUCCCAAUAAAGAAAUAGGUCCUUCCUCUAGAAAAAUAUACCGUAUCAGGUGCCAGUUAAUGGAUGAAGGAUAGAAGCAACGCCACCACCACCACCUAGCGGCAGUUUCUCACUUUGUCUCAUGAUGUUAUAUUGAUUGGCCCAUAACUUUCCCUCCUUAUUAUUUUAUUUUUGUUUACGAGGGACACUGGGCCAGGCAGGACCAAUUCAACAUGGCUCCACGAUUACGGGCUCCUUCCUUGUCCCUCCCAGAAAGAGCAGUUAUCUUAGGGCUGGUCAGAGAGCAUAGAGAAGUCCUGUGUCGCCGAGUGUCAGACCACAAGACCAUUAUCUCCAAGCAGCGGGCAUGGGAGGACAUAGCCAACACCUUCAACUCUAUCACUAUGGGCAGCAAAAAGACCUCCAAGCAAAUACGCAAAAUCUGGGAACAUAUCAAGAUGAAAGCUAAGAAGAUUUAUGCUGAACAGAUGCAGCUCAUUGCCAUUGGUGGUUUAUCCCAACCCCCUCUCUUAGAUCCACUGGUUGAUGAUGUCAUCUCCAUUAUAAAGGACGAACAGGACUCUGAAAUGAAUGAGUGGGAAGCCAAGGUGCAGUCUCUGGUACCCAAGGUGACCAAGUAUCCUCCAGAAAAAUCGUCACGGGAGGAAAAAGAAGCCCUGGCUAAGAUUGUGAUGGAGCAGCAGGAUAUUGUAUGUAGCAGAGAGUCCAGUUUUACAGUGCUUGCUCAGAAAUCUAAAGCCUGGCUGCACAUCACAGAAGAGUUCAACAGUAGCACUGGAAAUCAAUACAAUAUUGUUCAGGUGCGCAAAUUAUGGGAUUAUAUAUGUUGUAGAGUAAAAUACGACAAUGAGCGGCUCAAACAGGAGAAGAAUAACCUCACAGAAGGGGAUAAACCAGACCCCCCUGAUGACCUUACUGUAAUACUAAUGCCUUACUUGGAAAAGGAGGAGGAGUAUAACAGUGGCGAGUGGGAGAUUGAUCUCUGCCUCCCUGACAUUGAUAGAGUAAUUGUUGAGACAGAUUCUGCAUCAGAAUCUUUAACCUUCAAGUGUGAGACCGCUAUAAAUAAUCCAGAGGAUUCGGGUGAUGAAAGCACCAUGGACCCACUGGACACCUGUGUACCUGUACCACUAAAAGAAGAAUCUCCAGAAACUAUAGACACCUCCACGACAACCUUUGUUGGGACUCCAGCUUCAAAUUAUAGCCUGUUUAACACUUCCGUUACAGCAGUGUCACCGUCAUUUAUAGGAAGUUCUGAUAAUACUUUAGUUCUAACCACAGGAUCAGAUCCAUGCAGCCUCCAAGAGUUCCCAACAGUGCACUCAGAUAUUAAUAAUUAUAGUCAUAGCACAGCAUCAGGUGUGGUAUCUGCCACAAACGAAAGCAACUCCGUCAGAGUUUCGUCAGUGCUUUCACUCCCAAACAUAACCAGCUUAAAUACCAGCACUGUAUCAGCAGAAUUUUCUGAACCCAGCACAAGCCAGUCACCAAGAACUCCUGCUCACAAAAAGAGAAAGUGUAUUAGUGAUUCUGGAAAGCAAGAUGCCUAUGACCAAGUGUUAGAGCUGCACAGGAUUGAGCAUAAAAAGCGUAUGGAAGUGUUAGAUAUAGAAAAGACUGUGCAUGUGAGGAAUUUAGAAAUUGCCAAACUAAAAAAAAAAUACUGGGAAGCAAAGCUCUUGGAAGUUUCUUGCUCAAUAUAUAAAUAAUAUUAUGUUUAAAAAAAAGCAGUAAUGAAAAGCCUGUUUAGCAGCCCUUUCUUGUGUACAGUUUAUUUUUAUAGAAAGAUAAAGAAUUAAUGUAC